AGAAAGUGAUGCAGGAGACAUAAUAAAGCAAGAAGAAUUCCGUGUAGAGAUAGUGACAGCUGCUGGGGAGGAAAUCGAGGAGGACAUUGUGGAGAUGUACUUUGAAAAUAAGAAGCGGUCUGGUGGGGGACCCAUUAAGUCCUGUGUUAAAGAUGGCCAACGAUUAAUUAUUACUUUUGAAAAGGAAGAAGAUGCUCAAGAAGUCUUGCGAAGAAAGAAUCACUCGGUAAAGAAAAUUGCACUUCAUGUCCAAGAAUGUCUGCCAGGGACUCCUCAGCCACUAAUGCUGACUUCUCUAGUUGCGCUUGAGAAUGUGCAGGAGACCAUAGACCAAUGCACGCUGGUUCUGUUGGUAGAAAAUGUCAGUGGCUUAUCCGAAGAAGACCGUGAUUUCAACGUGGAGAUAAUACCUGAGAAAAACGCUGCUGUUAUUACUCUCAUCAAGCCUAAUGACAUAGACCAGUUCAUCAAGGCAUUCAAUGGCUACCGUCGGGUUAAACAGCUGAACAUUUCCGCACGUUCUCUGGAGGUGACCAGAACUAUCUUAGUUGAAAAUAUCCCUUCUGACAUUACCAGCGAUUUUAUUACUUUGUAUUUUGAAAGCAAGAAGCAUGGAGGUGGGCCAGUGUCCGAGGCCAAUUAUCUUCCCAACAAGAACUUAGCCAUCGUUACUUUUCAGUAUAGCAAAGAUUUAGUUACAGUCUUGGCACAGAAGCAUUAUUUCAACAAACAGUCAGUUUUUGUGCAUCCUUACUAUGACUCUUUGGGCACAGCUCUGUAUGGGAAGGCAAGGCCACAACCUAAGAUGCCGGAACCAAUCAGAAUCUCCUUGGAUCUAUACCACUGGCAGUUCUUACAGCGGAAUAGGCAUUUACUUCAGGAAAUAGAUUGUGAAAUGGCCAACCACUGUUGUGAGAUACAAUGGCCUAUAGGACAUUGUGCGCACCCAGAAAUUACAAUUUGUCCUUCACGUGCCUUGUUCAAACAAAAGAAGUCCUUGGCUGGGACUUGGAAUGAAAGUGCUCCCAGCCAAUUUGCUCAAAUUCUGUCAAAGCACAAAGUUGUGAAGUGCAAAGUGACUGCUGAGGUAUGGGAAGCCAUAAGAAACAGCGUAGUAAAAGAUGACAUUUUGAUCUUCCCGGAUAUUCCAGAAGGAAUAGUGGCUUUGGUGGGGGCAGUAGAAGAUGUAAAUUGUGCAGAGCAAGAGAUGAAGGUGCUCAUAGGGAAUGCUGUUAAAAAGAUUGAACGAGAGAAGCAGGCGAUAGAGGUGAUUGUGACAGUUGAUGCUGUAAAGUACACAAUUUUAAAAAAUGCCGGACUACAGGACAGUAUUGGUGUGGAGUAUCCAGACCUGAAGGUUUCCUAUGAUACUUCAAAAGAGUGUAUAAUUUUGUUUGGUGUACCUGCUGAAGUUUAUAAAAUAAAAAGCGAUAUCUUUGAAAGAAUAUCCAGUAUGGUCCAGAAGACUAUUGAUGUUCAUGCUUACGUGCUGGUUUUUCUACAACAUGUAGAUAAUGAGAAUCUGUCACACAUCUUAUUCUGGGCCAAAAAAAUCAACGCCUUUUAUGAGCUCAAGGAGAAGGAAGUCCUGCUGACAGGAAUAACUCCUCGUGACCUUCUACAAGCUGAAGGAGAAAUGAAGAAGGACCUGGACUACAGAUGUGUUGAACUGGAAGACAAUUCAGUCAUCCAGAAGAGCGCCUGGAGGGAACUGACCGAUAGUUUGUACAAGGCUCAUAACUGUUCAGCCGAAGCGAUCAUAAUUAACGAAUUGGAGGAUCGAGUAGUCAUAGCAGGUUAUUUCGGAGAGGUGGCCAGUGCCACUCAGAAGGUCUCUGAUUUUGUUGAUAGCAACACUUACAUACAAAAAACCAUCAAGACUAAUUCUGAGGCCGUCACAAUGUAUGCGGAGAAGGAAAGACACAAUAUUUGGCACAGUCUGGUGCAGCGUGGUGUGAAGGUUGAUUUUGGUGUGCAGACGAAUCGCAAACUGAUUUCCCUUAAUGGUCCCAGAGCAGAAGUUCUUAAAGGACUUGAUCUCAUGAAAAAUCUACUGUCUUCUCUGACUGCUACAAGAAUGAUAGUUGAUAAACCUGGAGCCAAAACUUUGUUCAAGGAACAAGAACAUUUGUAUAUUACAGGGGCAAAGCAACAAUUUAAUUGCUUGAUAAGGCUUCAGGAAGAUGGGGAAGAACUUGAGAAGGACGAUGACAAUGGGAAUGUUCAUGAAGGAUGUGGGAAGCUGUGCUGCGAAGUUAAGAUGGGAAAUGGCAUUGUAGUAGCAGUCCGUAAGGGUGACUUGACUUGCUAUCCAGCCGAUGUUGUGGUCAAUGCGUCAAACGAAGACCUGAAGCAUAUUGGCGGUCUUGCCGAUGCUUUGUUACAAGCAGCAGGUCCCGAGCUACAAAGAGAAUGUGAUGAACUUGUGAGGAGACAUGGACAUUUGAAGCCUGGCUGUGCAGUUAUCACAGAUGCCGGGAAUCUACCAUGUAAACAGCUGGUUCAUGCAGUUGGGCCAAGGUGGAAAAGUUCUGAGAAGGAGAAGUCUAUACUGCUGUUAAAGAAAGCAGUGAGGGAAAGUUUACAGCUGGCAGCAUCCCAUAAUCAUCGUUCUAUAGCCAUCCCUGCCAUCAGUUCUGGGAUCUUUGGAUUCCCGCUAAAAGAGUGUGCCCAUUCCAUUGUGACAGCCGUCAAGGAAACCUUACAGGAACCCACUGGGACUGGCUGCCUGAAACAGAUAGACCUUGUGGGCCUUAAGGAAGAUACAAUUGAGGCUCUCACUGGUGCCUUGAAUGAAGCGUUCAGAGAUGGAUCAUCCCCAUCUAGAGGCAGAUCUUCUCCAUCGAACUCUGAAACUGGUAACCGCCCCAGACAGAGAAGAACAGAACAUCAAGGAAUAACUACUCCUGAAGGCCUGAUGAUAAUACUACACCAGAAAGGAAUCGAAGAUGCCGCAACCGAUGUUGUUGUGAACAGUGUUGCCAGAGACCUAAAGCUUGACAAAGGCCCACUCUCCAAAGCUCUGCUGGGCAAGGCAGGAGCAGGGCUCCAGGAGGAGUUGGUCACACAAGGCCGAGGAAGAACCAUUACAGAAGGCUGUGUGUUAAAAACAAAAGGCUAUGGACUGGGUUGCUCUUAUGUGCUCCAUGCAGUUUUGCCUGGCUGGGCCCAAGGUCAAAAAUCUGAAGACAAGAACUUGGGGAAAAUUAUUGAUGAAUGUUUGACCAUCACUGAACAGCAUUUUCUGACUUCCAUCACAAUUCCAGCGGUUGGAACUGGUAAUUUAGGAUUUCCCAAGCCACUUGUUGCCAAGUUGAUGUUUGAUGAAGUGUUCAAAUUCAGUCAGAAAAACAAUCCAACGGCCCUUCAAGAGGUUCAUUUUGUGUUGCAUCCAAGUGACACUGACUGUAUCAAGUCAUUUACAGAUGAAUUAAACAGCAGACUGGGUAUGGGCCAUAGUGGUGUUUCAGUGUCGAAGCCACUACUUGAGAAUCCCCAGCAAGGCCAAGCUCUGAGUGAACAUGUCUCAGUUACAACUGCUGGAGCUCAUGAAAUGCGUAUUGGCUCAGUUACAUUUCAGGCAGCAUGUGGAGAUAUUACCCAGGAAACUACAGAUGUUAUAGUGAACAUAAGCAAUGCAACAUUUAAUUUGAAAGAAGGUGUUUCCAGAGCAAUUCUGAAGGGAGCUGGACCUGUGGUGGAAGCAGAAUGUGCUCAGCUAGCAUCACAGCUUCACAGCACCCUUAUAUGCACGCAAGGGGGGAAUCUGAGGAGUAAAAAUAUAAUCCAUCUUGUUGCUAAUAAUGAUAUAAAAGGACAAGUUUCUAAAGCUCUCAUGGAAUGUGAGCAAAGGGGGUUCACCUCUGUUGCCUUUCCUGCAAUUGGGACAGGGAAGGCAGCACUGGAUCCAGCUGCAGUAGCUGAUGAUAUGAUAGAUGCCAUAGUGGAAUAUGCGGGCAAAACGUCUGCCCCAGUGGUGACGACGAUUAAAGUGAUAAUUUUCCAGCCACACCUGGAAAACAUUUUUUAUACAAGUAUGCAGAAAAAAGAAGCUGCAACCAGCAAGCCUGGUGCUGGCUCACAAAAAUCAAUUUUCUCUAAAGUGGCAGAAUUCUUUGGUUUCAACAAGCCAGCAACAAAGGCAAAGCCUGCAUUGCUUUUGGAGAGGGCCGUCAAGCCCGCCGUUUUUCAGAUUUGCAGUGACAGCCCGAAGAAUGUGGAGAAGGCAGAAUCUUGGCUCCGAGAUCUGAUUUUAAAGAACCAGAACGAAACCACUGUCUCAGACGAAUGGAUCUCGAGCUUUGGAGAAAGAGAAUAUGAGAAACUGAGAGAGCUCCAGACAAAACUGCAGGUCGUCAUUCAGCCAGAAACGAUGACCUCCCUCCGCGUUUUUGGUUUAACCAGGGAUGUCUUAAGUGCCAACUUAGAAAUCCAAGGAGUGAUCAAAAGGGUCCGGAAAGCCCAAGAGGAGCGGUCCAGGGCUGAUCUUCUCAGCAACAUUGUUGAGUGGCAGUAUGAAGACAGUGGCCAUUACAGAACCUUUGAUAACCUGACAAGCAUGCAUAUAGAACUUGCAUGGCAAAAUAAGAGCAUGCAUGACAUCACCAUAAAGGACAAACGCUACAGAGUAGACCCAGCUCAACUGCGGGCAACAGAUGACCAAGGGAAAACCAUUAAUAUUAAGCGUAUCUCAAAAACAGAAGAUAAAUCUCCAACGGCAGUUCCUGAAGAGUGGGUGGACAUGCAGCAAAAGCGUGUCAUUGCAGUGGAGCUAAAUCCGGGAAUGAAGGAAUAUCAGGAUGUCCAGCAGAUGUUUAGCCAGACGUGCCAGAAAUUCACAAUUGAAAAGAUCGAGAGGAUCCAAAAUCCAUUCUAUUGGCAAGCAUACCAAAUAAAGAAACAGGAGAUGGAUGCCAAAAAUGGCACUACAAAUAAUGAGAAGCGCCUGUUUCAUGGAACGGCAAGUUCAUCCUUGACUCUCAUCAAUAACUCUGGAUUUAAUCGCAGUUAUGCUGGAAUUCAUGCUGCAGCAUAUGGAAAUGGGACUUACUUUGCUGUUAACGCCAGCUAUUCUGCUCAGGAUACCUAUUCGAAGCCAGAUGCAGAUGGGAAAAAGUACAUGUACCUUGCUAGAGUGCUUGUUGGAGAGUACUGUGCUGGAUCGGCAGGCUUAGUUGUUCCAAAGGCAAAAAAUGGAACAGAUCCUACUAACCUGUAUGACAGUGUGACUGAUAAUGUGAGAAAGCCCGCCAUGUUUAUCAUUUUCAAUGAUAUCCAGGCUUAUCCAGAGUAUCUUAUUACUUUUAAGUAAUAAACUUGGGAGGCAAAUCA